UUUAGACGUGAAGUGCGAAGGCAGUAUGUUAUUAUUUAUGAUCGCAUAGAAGAAAGCAAAAAAAAUCAAUAUGUCCAAAAAAUUAGGCAAAUAGACUCAAAAACAGCUAACUCAAGCUAUGGAAGCUGUUUUGAAAGACAAAAUGGCUGUAAGAAGGGCAGCUGAAUGUUUUGGUGUACCAAGAAGGACCCUCGGGAACCAUCUAGCAUCUGGUAAUCCUAACAAGAAUACAGGUAGGCCAACAGUUUUGUCAGUAGAUCAAGAGCUAGAGCUUUGUUCGAGAAUUCAUAGACAUGCAGAUGUUGGAAUGCCUUUAACACCCAAAGUGCUUAAGCGAGCAGUGUACAAUUUUUGUUCCUUGAACAACAUAGAACAUCCCUUCAACAAACUAGCGUGCUCAGCUGGUCGGAAAUGGCUCACGUUGUUCCUAAGCAGGCACCCUGACAUCGCCAGAAGAAAAUCUCAGAUUUGAAUCCAGCAAGGGCACAGAAACUAAACAGAUACAUAGUUAACGAUCACUUUGAAAAAUUGAAGAAUGUCAUGAUCGAAUUAGGUUUAAUGCAGAAGCCUCAAUGCAUUUACAAUAUUGACGAAAAGGGAAAUAGACUUUGUUUACACAAAUCUCAGGUAGUAUUGGCUCGAAAAGGGUCAAGACGCGUACAUAACAUUGCACCAGAACAUGGUGAAAAUGUUACCAUAGUAUCACGUGGUAAUGCUUUGGGACAUGUUAUCCCCCCGUAAUACUCUACAAAGGUGAUCGCUUGAGACCAGAUUGGUGUAACGACUUACCACAUGGUAGCAAAGUUUUUAUGACCCCGAAAGGUUCUAUGAACGUACAGACCUUUGUUAAGUGGCUGUCUCACUUUGCAGAAUACAAAACCCCUGGACGCGCUCUUUUGAUUUUUGAUGGCGCCUCUUCACAUUUGGAUCCAAAUAUUGUGCAUGCGGCAAAUUCUUAUGACAUUACAUUAUUUUGUUUGCCCAGUAAUACAACGCAUGAACUUCAACCAAUGGAUAAAAAUCUUUUCAAAUCCUAUGAAGUUCAUUGGGAUAAUGAAGUCAUGUUGCUGUGGACACAGCAUGCAUGUAGUUCAACUAAAAAUGUUGAACAAGCUAGUGCUGACCGGAGGAUAAGAAGAAGUCAAUUUGGGAAGCUUUUUUCACGAGGAUGGGCCAAGUCUGCGACACCAGCUAAUGUCUCCGCAGGUUUUAAGGCAACUGGUAUCUACCCGUUCGACCCGUCAGUGAUUCCAGAUGAAGCUUUUGCGCCUAGCCAACUUACUCAUAGACCUGAAGAUAACAUGGUGGAAGUCACCCAUGAACUGCAGAAACAAACGGAUGACCCAAAUCAGGAUAAAGUCGCCCGCAAGCAUUCAGAAAAUUUUGAGCUGAAACAAAAUUCAUCAAAACCAACAUCAAAGAAACCCCGGAAGGAGAAACAAGAACUUUCAGAUAGUGACAGUUCAAUUGGCAAUGCUUUUUCUAUUCAUGACACAACCUCAGAUGAUUUAGUUAUCACUGAUUCUGAAACAGAUGUUAUUCCAAGUGCAACAUCGCCCACACUGUCUGAUAUCCUCCAUAAGCCUGAAGCUCCUAAGAAUAAAAGCGUAAAACCAAGAAAAAAAGCUGUCAACUAUCGUGCUCAGAAGGUUGUGUUAAGUCUGUUUCAACCCAAAACGCAAAUCGGGAGUACAGAAGACUCAAGGUUUAAACGAAACAUUGCAGGAAAAGAACUGAAACCUCAAAAGUCUACAGCAGGAAAUCACCCCAAAAAACAAGAUAGGAAAAAAAUAACGUGGGACAGAAAAAAACAGGAAUCAGUGCCAUUUGAAGUUCGUCCAGGUACCAGUUGGUUGCAGGCAACAAAACAAUUCAAAGACAGUUGGUAUUGUCAUUUAUGUAACGUGAAUAGAAUCGGUGACAUGCGCCUAUGUAACCGAUGCAUGAGAUAUGUUCAUGAGGACUGUGAAGGCAUAACAAGCAAACACAAAGUGCCAAACUUCAUGUGCUCAUUUUGCCAAGGUUCUGAUUAAUUUUUUAAACUAUGUUUCAAGGACUUUUGUGGAUGUUUCUUCAACUUAACACACACCUUAUUAAUAA